CACGCCAACGUGUAUCGGGUCCAUCAGCGCUUGUGCCAUAUACCGACGAGGACACAGCUACAAGUGCGUGUGCAACCUCAGUUCCCGCGACAGAGCGUUUAAACGACAAUCAAGUCAUCAAGUCGAAAUUUUGAGCGGAUUUACGAUGCUUGAAAGUAGCGGAGAGGGUGACGCUGAUUUCACGCCGUCGUCGCCUAUAGGGCCUCCGCAGGCGUGUUCGACCCCACGUGCUGAUAAAGAGAAUGACGAGUCGUGUUCGGAAGAAGAUUUUUUUUCGUCUCCAGAUGUCGAAGCUUCUAAUCGGGCUUUUAUCGGACGAUCAUAUCCGAGAGGUGAUUUGGUAUGUGUGAUUCAUCGUAAUUAUGCUGUGCCGAACGAAGCUAUGCAGUGUGCUAUCGAUGCACGAUCAGUAUCUGAAAGCAGUGACGAAUAUGAUGAACCUGCCAAUAGCACAGCUACAGCAGCAGCGGCAGCCUCUACAAACAAUGUCCCAGAGGCCGAGUGUUCUUAUCAUCAGAUUGUCGAUCGCGCCCGAAUGACGUAUCAUCGGUACGAUGAAAGAGAUGCUUUUGACAAUAGGAUAAAUGAGCAAAAGUUAUAAGAAGAGUCGAAAAUGGCACCGAUUCCAUAGAAUGGUUCAACGCGCCAAAUUUAGAGGUUUAUAUUGAUCGUAUAUACAAAGUGCGUAGAGCCCAAGAGUUGCGAUGGUUGUAUACACAGGCCGAAGACGAAUAUUCUCCUCUGUAUACGGCGCCGGACAUCGUAGAUUUACUGGACCGUGUUCAUGAAAGUUUUAAUGGGCCGCCAGAAGAAUGAAUUCAAACGAAAGCAUUUAUUACUUCGCGCAUGUGUGUUUUUAAAAAUAAAUAAAAAUAAUGGCUAUAUAAAAUAA